AGCCCGGGGACACGUGGUCUGGAGUGGUUCACGCGGGUCGCUUCGGCCCAUCCUGGGAAGUUCUGAUCUCUUUUACCCGACGUUAGGCAGACGUAGCGCUUAGACCCGGCUCCGGCCCAGAUUCCGCCGGCAAGAUGGUGAAGCCCAAGUACAAAGGACGGAGCACCAUCAACCCCUCCAAGGCCAGCACAAACCCCGAUCGAGUACAGGGAGCAGGAGGUCAAAACAUGAGGGACCGGGCCACAAUCCGGCGCCUGAAUAUGUACAGGCAAAAGGAGCGCAGAAACAGUCGUGGUAAAGUGAUUAAGCCCCUGCAAUACCAAUCAACAGUGGCUUCUGGCACAGUGGCCAGAGUGGAGCCAAAUAUCAAGUGGUUUGGAAACACGCGUGUGAUUAAGCAGUCAUCGUUACAAAAAUUUCAAGAGGAAAUGGAUACAGUUAUGAGGGAUCCCUACAAAGUUGUCAUGAAGCAAAGCAAGUUACCAAUGUCUCUUCUCCAUGAUCGAAUCCGGCCUCAUAAUUCAAAAGUGCACAUUCUUGACACUGAAAGUUUUGAGACGACAUUUGGCCCUAAGUCACAGAGGAAGCGACCAAAUUUAUUUGCGAGUGAUAUGCAGUCUCUUAUGGAAAAUGCUGAAACGUCCACGGAGAGCUAUGACCAGGGCAAGGAUCGUGACUUGGUGGCUGAGGACACUGGUGUGAGAAAUGAAGCCCAAGAAGAGAUAUAUAAAAAGGGACAAUCCAAAAGAAUAUGGGGUGAGCUCUACAAGGUGAUAGAUUCCUCAGAUGUUGUAGUUCAAGUUCUUGAUGCUAGAGAUCCAGUGGGUACCCGUUCCCCUCACAUCGAGGCUUACUUGAAAAAGGAAAAACCCUGGAAACACCUUAUUUUUGUUCUUAACAAAUGUGACCUUGUUCCAACCUGGGCAACAAAACGUUGGGUUGCUGUCCUCUCCCAGGAUUAUCCGACACUUGCUUUCCAUGCAAGUCUUACUAACCCCUUUGGCAAAGGAGCAUUUAUUCAGCUCUUACGGCAGUUUGGAAAGUUGCACACGGACAAAAAACAAAUCAGCGUUGGGUUCAUUGGCUAUCCAAAUGUUGGCAAGAGCUCUGUGAUAAACACGUUGCGCUCCAAGAAAGUUUGCAACGUAGCCCCCAUUGCAGGUGAAACCAAGGUCUGGCAGUAUAUUACCUUGAUGCGUCGGAUAUUCCUAAUUGAUUGUCCAGGUGUGGUUUACCCCUCCGAGGACUCAGAGACAGACAUUGUGCUGAAGGGAGUUGUUCAAGUUGAAAAAAUUAAGACUCCCGAAGACCACAUUGGUGCUGUACUUGAACGAGCAAAGCCAGAAUAUAUCAGCAAGACAUAUAAGAUUGAUUCUUGGGAGAAUGCCGAGGACUUCCUUGAGAAGCUAGCUUUCCGGACCGGGAAGCUAUUAAAGGGUGGCGAGCCAGACUUGCAGACUGUGAGUAAGAUGGUCCUCAAUGACUGGCAGAGGGGCCGGAUUCCUUUCUUUGUCAAGCCACCCAAUGCAGAGGCCUCGGCAGCCCCGCAGCUUCCAUCCUUCUCCUCAUCUUUGGAAGUUACCACAGAAACAACCCAGAACAACCCAGAAGAGGAAAACACGGGCUCUGAGGUUGAAAAGUCAGAAUCUGUCACUGAGAAGGAAAAAGGAGAGAACGAUCCCUGUGGCGCUAACUUGGAAAUGCAGCAGAUCCUUGCACGGGUUCGGCAGAACUUUGGCAAAAUCAACGUUGCACCCCAGUUUUCUGGGGACGACCUGGUUCCUUUGGAGAUGUCAGAUACUGAUGAAGAACCUGAGAGCUUUUCUGCAGAAGAGGGGGAGGAGCAGGAGCAGCAAGGGGACCAGGAGGAAGAGUCUUGCCAGGAGUCCCAGGAAGAACAUGUGGAAAACGACACCAAAGCAGUUAUUAAAGCCCUGGAUGAAAAGAUUGCUAAGUAUCAGAAGUUUUUAAACAAAGCCAAAGCUAAAAAGUUUUCAGCAGUCAGAAUAUCCAAGGGCCUAAGUGAAAAGGUCUUUGCAAAAUCUGAAGAACAAGAUGUGGAAGAUAAAGCACCUACCAAGAAGGGAAAGAAGAGAAAGGCACAGAGAGAAGAGGAACAUUCAAAUAAAACUCGCCGGAUGCUUACGUCUAAGGAACGGAGGCGAGCAGCACGGCAGCAGCACUCCAGAAAAGUUGGUGUACGCUACUAUGAAACACACAACGUGAAAAAUAGGAACAGGAACAAAAAGAAGACCAGUGACUCAGAGGGACAGAAACAUAAACACAGAAAAUUCAAGCAUAACAAGCAGUAA